AUGAAUGGUGAGGAGCAGUACUACGCGGCCCCUCAGCUUUACAAGGACCCGUGUGCGUUCCAGAGGGCUCCGGUACCUGAGUUCAGCGCCGGUCCCCCGGCGUGCCUGUACAUGGGCCGCCAGCCCCCGCCGCCACCGCCGCCUCCAUUCCCUGGCACAUUGGGGGCUCUGGAGCAAGGAAGCCCCCCGGACAUCUCCCCCUAUGAGGUGCCCCCUCUCGCCGACGACCCUGCCCUGGUGCACCUCCACCACCACCUCCCUGCUCAGCUUGCGCUCCCCCACCCGCCCGCCGGGCCCUUCCCGGAUGGAACGGAGUCAGGGGUCCUGGAAGAGCCAAGCCGUGUGCAGCUACCUUUCCCGUGGAUGAAGUCCACCAAAGCUCACGCGUGGAAAGGCCAGUGGGCAGGCAGCGCCUAUGCGGCGGAGCCGGAGGAGAACAAGCGAACGCGCACAGCCUAUACGCGCUCGCAGUUGCUGGAGCUGGAGAAGGAGUUUCUGUUCAACAAGUACAUCUCCCGGCCACGCCGAGUGGAGUUGGCAGUGAUGCUGAACUUGACCGAGAGACACAUCAAGAUCUGGUUCCAGAACCGACGCAUGAAGUGGAAAAAGGAGGAGGACAAGAAGCGAGGUGGUGGGACUGGCGCCGGCAGUGGCGGAGGAGCGGAGCCCGAGCAGGACUGCGUUGUGACUUCGGGCGAGGAGCUGUUGGCACUACCGCCGCCUCCACCUCCGGGCGGUGCUGUGCCACCGAGUGCUCCCGCAGCCGCCCGAGAGGGGCGCUUGCCGCCGGGCCUUAGCACGUCGCCACAGCCCUCCAACGUGGCGCCCCAGCGGCCGCAGGAACCGCACUGA